CAGUCUGUCACCGCCUCUCGUCUCAUGCUCUCACAAGUCGCAGUAUCGCUCUCUUCUUCUCUCUUCUCGCCGGCGCAGGUGGCAACCUCACAGAGUCACUGCCGCCGACCGACGGCGGCACUUGCGUUUUGUUGGAGAAAGAUGUAUAGAGCACGAGCUGAAGGCCUAACCUUCACGAAGGAACCAUAUAUUGAGGAUGUUGGACCACGCAGAAUCAAGAGCAUGCAAUUCACGGCAUUAUCAGAGUCUGAGAUCAGUAAAAUUGCCGAGGUUCAAGUUGCAAAAGGUUCAUAUUAUGAUUCAAGUAGACAGCCAUUUGAGAAUGGCUUGUUGGAUCCGCGCAUGGGCCCUGCUAAUAAGAGUUGCACAUGUGCAACAUGCCAUGGGAAAUUUGCUGACUGUCCAGGGCACUACGGAUACUUAAACCUUGCUCUUCCAGUUUUCAAUGUUGGGUAUAAAGAAAAAAUUUUGCAAAUAUUGAAGUGCAUUUGUAAGGGCUGUGCCCGCAUUCUCCUAGAUGAAGAUUCUUGUAAAGAACGCUUGAAGAAGAUGAGAAGCCCCAAAAUAGAGCCUUUGAAGAAGAUUGCAAUAGCUAAAAGUCUUAUUGAUAAAUGUAGUGCCAUGUCAAGUAGCAAAGCGGUGAAGUGUCUAAGAUGUGGAUUUAUCAAUGGUCCAGUGAAGAAGCUUGUGUCUAGUCUAGGCAUUAUGCAUGAUACUUCAAAAUGUAUUGAUGGCAAUGUGGAAGAGUUUCGAUCUGCAAUUUCUCAUACAAGAGAGUCUAGGGCUCCCAUCAACUUGACUACUCAUGUUCUAAACCCUCACAGAGUUCUUUCCCUCUUCAAAAGGAUGCGUGAUGAGGACUGUGAAUUACUUGAUCUUGCAGACAGACCUGAGAAAUUCAUUAUGACGAACAUGGCUGUGCCACCUAUAGCUAUUCGACCUUCAGUUAUAAUGGAUGGUUCCCAGAGCAAUGAAAAUGAUGCAACAGAGAGGCUAAGGCAAAUAAUACAAGCAAAUGCUACCCUUCGCCAUGAAUUACAGGAAGCUAGCGGGGCAUUCAAAUCUCUGGAUGGCUGGGAAAUACUCCAAGUUGAGGUUGCUCAAUUCAUAAAUAGUGAUGUGCGUGGUAUUCCAUUUAAUAUGCAACGUGCCAAGCCGUUGGCUGGCUUUGUUCAACGCCUUAAAGGAAAGCAGGGGCGUUUUCGUGGCAACUUAUCAGGGAAACGUGUUGAGUUUACUGGCAGGACAGUCAUUUCACCGGAUCCUAAUCUGAAAAUUUCUGAGGUCGCAAUACCAAUACAUAUGGCUCGUAUAUUGACUUUUCCUGAGUGUGUUUCUAGUCACAACAUUGAGAAGUUGAGACAGUGUGUGAGAAAUGGCGCUGAUAAGUAUCCAGGUGCAAGGUUGCUUAGACAUGCUGGUGGUCCAACGAGGUCCUUAAAAAUUUCUUUUCGGAAGCGCCUUGCAGAUGAAUUGAGGUAUGGUGAUAUUGUUGAUCGUCAUUUGGAAGAUGGAGACAUUGUUCUUUUCAAUAGACAACCAAGCUUGCAUCGGAUGUCUAUCAUGUGUCAUAGGGCUAGAGUUAUGCCUUGGAGAACUUUGAGAUUCAAUGAAUCGGUCUGCAACCCAUAUAAUGCUGACUUUGAUGGUGAUGAGAUGAAUUUACAUGUCCCGCAGACUGAGGAGGCACGAACAGAGGCUGUUUUAUUGAUGGGGGUGCAAAACAAUUUAUGCACACCAAAGAAUGGGGAAAUUCUGGUUGCCUCUACUCAAGACUUUUUAACCUCCUCCUUCUUGAUAACAAGAAAAGAUACUUUUUAUGAUCGUUCUACUUGUGCACUUAUUUGUUCAUACAUGGGUGAUGCCAUGGAUAUUGUCGAUCUGCCAACUCCAGCAGUUAUAAAGCCAGUAGAGCUUUGGAGUGGGAAACAGAUAUUUAGUGUUCUAAUGCGCUCUCAUGCAAAUGUGAGGACCUAUGUGAAUCUUACUGUUAAGGAAAAAAUCUACAGCACAAAGCUUGAUGACAGGAAAAGAGAGUUGAAAACAAUGUGUCCUAAUGAUGGUUUUGUUUAUAUUCGUAACAGUGAGCUGAUCUCUGGGCAACUUGGAAAGGUUACUUUAGGAAAUGGAAAUAAGGAUGGACUUUUCUCGGUUCUGCUAAGAGACUAUAAAGCGCAUGCUGCAGCCUCUUGCAUGAACCGUUUAGCCAAGUUGAGUGCUCGAUGGAUAGGCAAUCGUGGGUUCUCCAUAGGCAUUGAUGAUGUCCAACCAAAAGAGGUAUUGAUCAACAAGAAAGAUGAUACAAUUUCAGAUAACUAUAGAAAAUGUGACGAUUUUAUCGAGGCUUUCAAUAAAGGAAAGCUAGAACUCAAAGCCGGUUGUGAUGCUGCUCAAACAUUAGAGGCUCUGAUAACUGGUGUAUUGAACGGUGUUCGAGAUACUGCAGGGAAGGUUUGCAUGCAAACACUGCACUGGAGAAAUAGUCCCUUGAUCAUGUCACAGUGCGGCUCCAAAGGAUCUCCUAUAAAUAUCAGCCAAAUGGUUGCCUGUGUUGGUCAACAGUCUGUUGGGGGUCGUCGAGCCCCCAAUGGAUUCAUGGAUCGGAGUCUUCCUCAUUUCCCAAGAAAAGCAAAAACUCCUGCAGCGAAAGGUUUUGUAGCCAAUUCCUUUUAUAGUGGAUUGUCAGCUACAGAGUUUUUCUUCCAUACAAUGGGAGGGCGAGAAGGGCUGGUUGAUACUGCGGUGAAAACUGCUGACACUGGUUAUAUGUCUCGUAGAUUAAUAAAAGCUUUGGAGGACUUGUAUGUCCACUAUGAUAACACCGUAAGAAACGCUAAUAGUUCUGUAGUCCAAUUUUGCUAUGGAGAUGAUGGCAUGGAUCCAGCUGGCAUGGAAGGGAAAGAUGGAAAACCUUUGAAUUUUGAGCGGUUGUUUAUGAGAACCAAGGCUAUAUGUCCCAGUGAUGGAGAUGAUGAAAUCCUAUCCUCCUCUGAUGUAUGUAAAGUAGUGCAAAACAAACUGUCAAAAUUUGGUAUGUUGGGAGAGAAAGGAGCUUCAGAGGAUGAUAUAAGCUCUGAUGUGGGUUGCUCUGCUGAAUUCAUCAAUUCUCUCCAGUCCUUCAUCAGAGAUAACAUUGGAGUCUUAUCAGAAACAGAUGAAACUUUCGUCAAUGAUGACACUAGAAAUCAGAAAAAAUUUAUUCAGAGAAUAUCUGGUGUUACUAAUAAACAGCUAGAGGUUUUCCUGGAUAUAUGUCUUUCUCGAUACCGUUCAAAAAGGAUUGAGGCUGGAACUCCAAUUGGUGCCAUUGGUGCUCAAAGUAUUGGAGAGCCUGGGACACAGAUGACUUUGAAAACUUUCCACUUUGCUGGAGUUGCAAGCAUGAAUGUUACUCUUGGAGUUCCACGUAUCAAAGAAAUAAUAAAUGGCGCCAAAAGAAUCAGCACACCUAUCAUUACUGCAAUACUUGAGAAUGAUGAUAAUGCUAAUACGGCGAGGAUGGUAAAAGGUCGCAUUGAGAAAACAAACUUGGGCCAGAUAGCAAAGGGCAUAAAAAUUGUGAUGACGUCAAGAUUAGCAUCAAUUGUUAUCACACUCGACAUGGAAAGAAUCCAAGAUGCACAAUUGAAUAUAGAUGCUAAUAUUGUAAGGGAAUCGAUUUUGCAGGCUCCAAAAAUAAAAUUGAAGCCAGAGCACAUUAAGGUUUUGGAUAUCAAAAAGCUUGAAGUUGUACCCCCUGAUGCAGAUAGAAGUAAAAUCAAUUUUCAACUUAACUAUCUGAAGAAUUUGCUUCCAUCAGUUGUAGUAAAGGGAAUUAAGACUGCGGAACGUGUUGUUAUCAGUAAAGAAGAAGAUAAAGUGACAAGGAUGGAGAAAUUCAAAUUGUUGGUAGAAGGCACGGGCCUUCAAGAGGUUAUGGGCAUUGAGGGAGUUGAAGGACGUAAAACGCUUAGUAAUCAUAUCAUUGAAGUAGAGCAGACUCUGGGAAUUGAAGCAGCCAGAAAGUGUAUCAUUGAAGAGAUAAAGUUUACAAUGGGAAGCCAUGGAAUGAGUAUAGAUGCACGCCAUAUGAUGCUUUUGGCCGAUGUGAUGACCUUCAGGGGUGAAGUCCUUGGAAUAACAAGAUUUGGAAUCCAAAAGAUGGACAAGAGUGUAUUAAUGCUCGCAUCAUUCGAGAAGACUGCGGAUCACCUUUUCAAUGCUUCUGUGCAUGGAAGAGAUGAUCAGAUUGAAGGAGUAAGUGAAUGCAUAAUCAUGGGCAUACCGAUUCAAAUAGGCACCGGAAUGAUCAAAGUUAAACAAAGAUUGGAUCCUCCGGCGCUGUGUCAAGGUCCCGAUCCUAUUCUGUCUUGAGUUCAUAGUUGUAUAAUUGCUGUGAAGAUAAGAUCAUUCUGUGCAGAGUACUGAAGCAUCAGAAAUUCACUUUUUGGCGUGCCUGCCUGUUCUUAAGAUUACAAACUCUUCCCAUGGCUCAACGUUUUUAUAGAGAUGCAGAAAUUUCAAGGCAUGAGAACAUUUCCAGUCGUGGGGAAUGAGGAGAGACUGAUACAAGAGAAUUAAUUGUAUAUAGGGUUUAUAUUUUAUAAUUAUACUCCACUUCUAUUUUAUUCCCCCAAAUGCGCCAUGUGCGUUCGAUUUUGUGCAAUUAGGCUGACGCAAAAGGUCUCAUAUAGCUGAUUCUUUGUUAAGAAUGAUUAGAAUUGAUGACAUGAUUAUAACAAUAAUUUAUUAUAAUACUAUGAAAAAUAAAUAAGGAGGAAAGAAAUGGGAGGCUUUUCUAAUCUUGAAACUAAAAA